ACUUUGUUUCGUCCGCACGGAUUUCUUCCUCGCCCUGUCGAGCUGCGGCGGAUUGUGUCUGCCUUCCCUCAGCUUACCGAUCUCACGUUGUAUGUUUAUUUCGCUCAGCAAGGUGCUGCCAGCUACGCGGGAGCUUCAUUAUCUCAGCCACCACCUCACAUGCGUCUUCGAUACCUUGACGUCAACUUGAACGAUGAACGCAUGGCGAUGUUCUCUGACUGGAUGAUGCACUCAGGUCUCUGCACCUCACUUGCGGAUCUGACAGUCAGCCCCGAGGUUGCCUCCAUGGCACAGAUCCCCCUUAACAAACUCCUCGAAACCGCGGGGACGUCGUUGGUCAGUUUCCGUCUAAGUAACGGUUUCAAUUAUGGCCGUAGUGUUCACGGAAGUGUGUUGCAAAACACCGCCUUGCGAUCCUGGAGCUUCGAGCUACAACUCAUCGAACGCGUGGCCAAAGACCAGGGGCCUCGCGCGGUGUGGACCAAAGCAAUGAACGAGUUGCACGGCAUAUUUUCCACCGUCCGAAGCCGUCAUCUCGAGUACAUCAAGGUCAAAGUUCGAGUUCCCGUCGGCGACAGCAUUCUCGAGCCUGAGAAGCUCGGUGUUGUCCUCGAGGGGCUCGACCUGCGGGGCCUGCACGAGGUCGUGAGCCAGCCAUAUUUCGAUGCAUUGCAGGAUGUCGAGGUGAAGAUCGUGCUGGCGCCUCUGACCCGUCACUGGCAGACCAGGUUGCAUGUGGACGGCAUCGAUCUGGACAGCAUCGGUCAGCAGCUCCAGACCAUGUUCCAUGGCAUAUUGCAGCCAUGGGUUGCCCGUGGCAUAGUCGCCAUCACCUGGCUGUGAUGAAGUAGCUAUUGAUAUUGCAAAUCAAUGCCCAGGAGUCCUCAUGCCGAAGACGUAGCAGGUUAGCCGGUCAGUACAGACGGAGGUGGCGGCAACGAGACAUCAUCACUGCCCGUACGGAGCGCGGGUCGAUGCGAGGGACCGGUCGUUCACAAGGGCUCAUUUGACUCCAUUUUAUCUACCACUAUCGGCCGACUCAUUAGAGGGACAGUUUGGCUUU